UCGGCUUUAGUGCCUGCAUCUGUAAACCAAUUGGAUAGAAGGAGGGAAGCUGCCUUCCUGGAUGCCAUUUCAGUUAAAAGAAAUAAUAAUGAGGGACUGCCAAGUCGCUGUCGUACUCGUCACUCUCACACACGUUGCUGUAGACGCCGGUAUACUUUCAUCGAUGAUGGCGGCGACAACAGCGCUUCGGAGACCGGCUUUACCUAAGAUGGGUGGAAUUACGAAGUCGUUGCAAAAAGUGGGCUCUGUGGCGAAAGAACAACACAUCGACCCGCACAUCGACAGCAAAAUUGAUGUCAUGUUGGAUAUGGCUCCGGGCCCCAAUGAUGCAAUUGACAAAAAACCAGAACCAGGAUAUAACGGAACUGGCAUCUCGGGUGCCCCACGUUCAAAAGGAACUCUGACCACGCAAUUGCAGUGCGGUGACUGCAGCUGCAAGCUUCCUAUAGAUAUAGCAGAUUAUGGACCAAAACAGGGCUGCACUGCAAAGGUGCAAAAAUUAAUUUGUUCUUGCAAGAGGAGCAGCUGCUCUAUCAACCAAGUUGCGAAGUGCCUGCAAACUUUCGCCUCCGAUAAAUGUAAACAGAACGAUUGGUUACGAGCCACUUGCUACUAAUCUCGCAAUAAA